AUGUCUGCUAUAAUCCCCAUCGUCGCCCGCACCGCUUUCAAGCGUGUCGUCGCCGUUCCCGGAGCUAGCGUCGCCCCCUCUUUCCGCUUCUACUCUAGUGCUACGCAUGCAAAUGACCCUCUUGUGUUGGAAACCGAAAAGCACAGAAAUCUCUCCAAAAACCAGCACAAGACCUCUACCACGAUCGACAAUGCACCAGGCUGGAAUGAGUAUCUCGCCAGCGACUCUGAGGCCAACGUGAAGGCGGACCGGUCCACCCACGAUUUCGAUGGCCUCCAACAAAGCACAGUCAAACAUAUAAGGAACCGACAUCACACGAACGACUCGCCAUUGUCCGAUCCUCGCGAGCAAGCGACGAACACCAAUCGUAUGGACGAUAGCGAGGUCGUCGAAGCUGUGUACGAACGCGAUGAGGUGUCUGGACCCCUCAGUGGUGCUGCGUCAGGCUCAGAGUUUGUUGAAGAGGAGGAAGUAGAGCGAGUGACCAGACAUAGGUCUGCGCCUGCCAAGUAA